UGUGCCUGCCUGCCUCUGUGCAGGUUAUGAUUCUUGCCUCUUUAAGAAACAUCCAGUUUAACAACAGUGCUGGAGAGGAAGUUUCCCUUAAUGGCAAUGGUGAGAGAUCAGCUAACUAUGACAUUCUGAACUGGAUCUUCUUCCCAAAUGGUUCGGUGGCUAAUGUGAAAGUUGGAAGGAUGCAUCCAGGGGCUCCCCCGGGACAAGACUUCAUCAUCAAUCCAGAUGUGAUUGUAUGGGAUACCCAGAGAGUGCCCUUUGCUAGGUGUGUGAAGCACUGCCCUCCAGGACACAGCAGGAAGGUUCCAGAGGGGAAGCCUGUUUGCUGCUAUGAAUGUGUCCGUUGUCCCAAGGGAACCUUUUCUAAUCAGACAGAUGCAGUUUUCUGUGACCAAUGCCCAGAAGAUCAAUACCCAAACAAGAAUCAAGACCAAUGUGCUCCCAAGAAUAUUAACUUCCUCUCAUAUGAGGACACUUUAGGAUCUGUUUUUGCUACUGCUGCUUUUUUACUUUCAUUGAUCACAUAUCUAGUGCUCACAAUCUUUAUUAAACACCGCAACACACCAAUCGUCAAAGCCAACAACCGAGACCUCACUUAUAUCCUCCUCAUCUCCCUCCUGCUCUGCUUCCUUUGCUCCUUCCUGUUCAUCGGCCGACCCAGGAAAUUAACCUGUCUUCGACACGUGGCUUUCAGCAUUAUCUUCUCUGUUGCCAUUUCUUCCAUAUUGGCAAAAACUGUCACAGUGAUUCUGGCCUUCAUGGCCACCAAGCCAGGGAACAUGGCAAAAAAAGUACUGAAGGGUCAACCAGCAAACUCCAUUGUCUUGGCUUGUUCACUUAUCCAAUUUGUUAUCUGUGCUGUCUGGCUGGUAACUUAUCCCCCAUACCCAGCCUUGGAUAUGCACUCACUGAUUGGAGAAAUCAUAGUAGAAUGUAAUGAAGGCUCAGUCACCAUGUUUUACAUUGUCUUAGGUUACAUGGGAUUUCUGGCUUUGAUCAGCUUCACAGUGGCUUUCCUUGCUAGGAAAUUGCCUGACAGUUUUAAUGAAGCUAAGUUUAUCACCUUCAGCAUGCUGAUGUUCUGCAGCGUCUGGGUCUCCUUUGUGCCCACCUACUUGAGUACCAAAGGGAAGUCCAUGGUGGCCACUGAGAUCUUCUGCAUCUUGACCUCUGGUGCUGGUCUCCUGGGUUGCAUCUUCUUCCCCAAAUGCUACAUUAUCAUUCUGAGGCCCAAUCUCAAUAGCAGAGAUCACCUAAUUAGGAAAAAGAAUCCGGAAAUCUGA